AUGGGAGCGCGGGGCCGCGUGGAGGGGGCGUGGCCCCGGCACCGGGACCAGGAGCGGGAAGCGGAGCCGUGCCCCGAACCGGAGCCCCCCGGAGCCCGGCCCGGGCCGCCCCCCACGCGCUGGGGCAUCUGCGCGGCCGGGGCCAUCAGCCACGACUUCGUGCUGGCCCUCGGCACCCUGCCCCGCUCCGAGCACACGGUGGCGGCCGUGGCCGCCCGGGAUUUGGGGCGCGCCCAGGCCUUCGCCCGGCGCUUCGGGGUGCCCCGAGCCUACGGAUCCUACGAGGAGCUGGCCGAGGACCCCGACAUCGACGUGGUGUACGUGGGCACGGUGAACCCCGCGCACCUGCCCGCGGGGCUGCUGUUCCUGCGCCGGGGCCGGGCCGUGCUGAUGGAGAAGCCGAUGGCGCUCGGGGCCCGCGAGGUCGCGCAGCUCGUGGGGACGGCGCGGGAGCGCGGCGUCUUCCUGAUGGAGCUGCCCAGCCACAUGAACUGCCCCACCGAGCUGCUCUGGGGGGGUCACCGCGAGCGCUUCCCGCUGCCCGCCCUGGCCGAGCCCCCCAACUUCCCGCACGGCGCCGGGCUGCGCUACGAGGCACAGCACGUGCGGGACUGCCUGCUCCGGGGACUGACUGAGAGCCCCGAGAUGCCGCUGGCCGAGAGCGAGGUCAUUGCACAGCUGCUGGACGAGGCGCGGGCCCAGGUGGGGGUGCGGCUGUCCGGAGCGACCACUGACCACCCGGAGCGGCCACUGACCCUCUCGAGUGACCAGCCACCCUCCGGAGUGACCACUGACCACCCGGAGCGGCCACUGACCCUCCUGAGUGACCAGCCACCCUCUGGAGUGACCACUGACUGCCUGGAGUGA